CCACCACCAACUUCUUCUGGUUCAAUCCAUUUCUAACCAAAUACCCCCUAACUACAAACUCUCUCUCUCUCUCUCUCUCUCUCUCUCUAGAAACCUUCCUUUAUCGCUCUAAAAAACCAGCAAAAAUGUCAUCUGAAUACUAUUCUCUCGUCAUUCCUCAAUCUGGGUACUCCUCCCUUCUCAGCGUCGAGCUCUUUCUCUGCGUUGUUGUGCUUGCUGCUGUCUUUGGUUUCUGGCUCUCCCCUGGUGGCCUCGCUUGGGCUCUCUCUAAGGCUCGAGUGCAUGCCAGGACUGCCAUUCCCGGACCUUCAGGCCUUCCUCUUCUUGGCCUAGUCUUCGCUUUCACUAGCUCUUUAACUCACAGAGUCCUCGCCAAGCUCUCCGAGUCCUGCAAAGCUGUCCCGUUAAUGGCGUUUUCAAUUGGCUUUACUCGUUUCGUAAUCUCAAGCCAACCCGACACCGCCAAGGACAUUCUUAGCAGCUCCGCCUUCGCGGAUCGGCCAGUGAAAGAGUCGGCCUACGAGCUUCUCUUUCACCGUGCCAUGGGUUUCGCUCCCUAUGGUGAGUACUGGAGGAAUCUGAGGAGGAUUUCGGCGACCCAUUUGUUCAGUCCGAAACGACUCGCCUCUUUCGGUGGGUUUCGGAGAAUGAUUGGGCUCGGAAUGGUGGAUCAGGUAAAGGGUUUGAUGGAGAGAGAGGGAGUUGUGGAGGUGAAGAGAGUUUUGCAUUUUGGGUCUUUGAACAAUGUGAUGAUGAGUGUAUUUGGGAAGUCUUAUGAGUUUGGUGAGAAUGGGAAUGGGGCUGAAGGGUCUGAGCUUGAGGGUUUGGUGAGUGAAGGGUAUGAGCUUCUUGGGAUAUUCAAUUGGAGUGAUCAUUUUCCUAUUCUGGGUUGGAUGGAUUUGCAAGGAGUGAGGAAGAGGUGUAGAGAGUUGGUUGGGAAAGUGAAUGUGUAUGUUGGGAAGAUCAUAGAUGAGCAUAGGCUGAAGAGGGCUCAGAAUGGUGGAGUUGUAAGUGAUGAGAGCGCUGGUGAUUUUGUUGAUGUGUUGCUUGAUUUGGAGAAUGAGAACAAGCUCACUGACUCUGAUAUGAUUGCUGUUCUUUGGGAAAUGAUCUUCAGGGGGACUGAUACAGUGGCAAUUCUAUUGGAGUGGAUAAUUGCAAGAAUGGUUCUACAUCCUGAUAUUCAAUCCAAACUUCAAUUUGAGAUCGACUCUGCCGUUGGAAAAACCCUAUCAGUCUCCGAUUCCGACCUCCCCAACCUCCCUUACCUCCAAGCUGUUGUCAAGGAAACCCUACGAAUGCACCCUCCAGGCCCACUCCUCUCCUGGGCCCGCCUUGCCAUCCACGACACCCACAUCGGGGACCACUUCAUCCCCGGCGGCACAACUGCCAUGGUCAACAUGUGGGCCAUAACCCACAACGAACAAGUCUGGUCUGAGCCCAAUGAAUUCAAACCCGAGCGGUUUUUGGAAGAUGAUGUGGCGAUUAUGGGUUCGGAUCUCAGGUUGGCUCCAUUUGGGUCAGGGAGGAGGGUCUGCCCUGGGAAAGCGAUGGGGCUGGCUACGGUUCAGCUGUGGUUGGGACAGAUGCUUCAGAGCUUCAAGUGGGUGGCUAGUGAUGGUGGUGUGGAUUUGUCUGAGGUGCUGAAGCUCUCCAUGGAAAUGAAGAACCCAUUGGUGUGCAAGGCCAUUGCUAGGGUUUCUUGAAAAUCUUUGUUUGAUGGUGUGGCAUUAUGAUGCAGUUUUCUAGUUUGAUCUCACCCAAAAUUUUGAAACCUUUCACAUGGGGAGAUCACAAUCUUAAAUGAACUCUAUAUAUAAGCUAUUUAGUUUCUAAUAGUUUAGUAUUAGCAAAGUUGUGGUGACAAGUGCAAUGAAUUUGUUUAUGGGCAUGUAAUAAGUUUUUUCAUGCAUUGUUAUGCACAAGCUUUUGUAGUCGUUUGCAAGUUUGUCUAUGUCUUGUGUGUUUCACCUAGAUCUGUCCCUUUUGCUCGGUUGGAGGGGGCUUUCUCUCAGUUCAAUGGAAUUUGUUUUUGCA